AUGGCAGCGCCCGUUUUGCCGUUGCCGCAGGUGAGGCUGCCGACGAUCCCCUCCACCCGCCCCACCGCCGAGCAGCUCUUCUGGCGCUCAUUCAAAUCACCUCUGCUCAUCGCAUCGCCGUCGAAUACCCCGAUUAACCAUAUAUCGCAACCUCCAGCCCCCGCCGCAGCCUCGGCUGCAACGCUACAGCCGCCGGAUAUAUUCACAGUGACCACCGGCGCACGAGUCCAGAUAUACUCCAUCCGCACGCGAAAGCUGCUGAAGACUAUCACGCGCUUUGAUGACACCGCACGAUGUUCAGAGGUCCGGUCAGACGGGAGAAUUCUCGUGGCGGGAGACGAUACCGGUACGAUUCAGGUGUUUGAUGUCAAUUCUCGUUCAAUCUUGAAAACAUGGCGGGAACACAAGCAGCCAGUAUGGUUGACGAGAUUUUCGCCGAAUGACCCAACCUCGCUUCUUUCCGGCAGCGAUGACAUGACGGUUCGAUUGUGGGACUUACCGAGCGAGAAGAGCGUUCAGACCUUUGCCGGCCACUCAGACUACGUCCGCAGUGGAUGUUAUAUGCCCGGGGCACAGUCUGCCAAUUUAGUACUUUCCGGGAGCUACGAUCAGACGGUCAGGCUGUGGGAUUCAAGAGUGGCUGGUAGAGCUGUGAUGACGUUCAAAAUGGCUGCGCCGGUGGAAAGCACUCUUGCGAUGCCUUCUGGAACCACUGUGCUGGCCGCAGCAGAUAACCACAUCGCCGUGCUGGACGUUGUUGCUGGCAAACCUCUUCAUUUGAUUAGAAGCCACCAGAAAACUGUGACUUGCCUGUCGUUAGCAUCGCACGGUAGCAGAAUCGUCAGUGGUGCUUUGGAUGGCCAUAUGAAAGUCUUCGAAACGACAGGGUGGAACGUGGUCGGUGGAUCAAAGUAUCCUUCCCCCAUCCUGUCCCUAGGGAUCAUCACCUCGGGACCUCAACGAGACGAGAAGCAUAUCGCUGUCGGCAUGCAGUCCGGAAUACUGUCUCUCCGCACCCGGCUCUCUGGCGAACAAAAGGUUCGCGAGCGAGAAAGGCAGCGAGAAAUGCAAGCUCUUCUCGAAGGCAAACUGGAAGAGCACGAUCGAAAAGCCUCCAAAGCUCAGAGCAAGAAGCGUGGCCGGGGGUGGGAAAAGCGCCUUCGGGGAAUGGACUUCGUCGGCGAGGGGGUCGACAUCGUCAUUGACGCCCAGGAUAGUAGUAAAAAGCGCAAGAAAGAAAAACCGUGGGAGAUGGAUCUACGCAAAGGCCGCUACGCGGCGUCGCUGGACCAGGUUCUGAACAACCGCGACCGAAUCACGAUCAUCACCCUAUUGACCGCGUUGCGCCACCGCGCCGCCCUGCGCACGGCGCUGGCAGGCAGAGAUGAGGUGACUCUGCAGCCGAUACUGAAGUUUGUGCAUAAGUCGAUAUCGGAUCCGAGAUUGGUGGAUCUUUGCGUUGAAGUUGCGAUGAAUAUUCUUGAUUUAUACUCUGGGCAUUUGGGUCAGUCGGUGCAGAUCGAUCGGCUGAUUGAAAAGCUGCACCGGCGAGUUCGAGACGAAGUCGACCGAGCGCAGCAGGCGUGGCAGACCAAGGGCAUGUUGGAUAUGCUGAAGGGUUCCUGA